AUGGGCAAUGUUUUUGGUUCAAAAAAGACUACAAAGAUUAUGAAAAUAGAUGGUGAAAUGAUGAAGCUGAAAACACCGAUAAAAGCUGGAGAAGUGCUUAAGGAUCAUCCAGGUCUUGUUUUGUUGGAGUCUGAAGCAGUUAAGCAUUAUGGUGUAAGAGCAAAAGCUAUUGAGGCACACAAAGAGUUGCAACCCAAGAGGCUUUAUUUUCUUGUGGAACUUCCUAAGGAAAUAAAGCCGAGAAGGGUUCGGUCGGGGAUUGUUAUGAGUGCAAAAGAUCGGCUCGAUAAUUUGGUGCUUACUAGGAGGUCUACUUCGGAUUUGUCGAUUAUGAAGCAACGGAAAAUGGAUGAUGGUGGUGGUGGUGAUGGUGGUGGUGAGGGUGGUGAUGUGAAAGUUAAGGAGAAUGGUGGUGGUGUGAGGUUGAAAGUUAGGCUUCCUAAGGCAGAGGUUGAGAAGUUGAUGAGAGAAUGUAAAGAUGAAGCUGAAGCUGCUGAGAUGAUUAUGCGUUUGUAUAAGGCUAAUGGAAGUAGAGAAAACAAGAUUAGUGAAGUUAAUGAGAAAAUUAACACACCGCGACAGAAAAGGGUGAGUUUUAUGCCAAGCAACGAAGGAGGGAUUCAAGUAGCUGUGGCUUCAUAA